UUGUUUGUCAUUUAUGUGUUGGGAUUUUCAAAUUGUGCGUGUAACCAGUACAAUGCCUUUAUAAUUUCUACAGCUGCUACCAAUCUUGGACUUCUAUUACCCACCCAUUCAUCUUCCUAUAUUGGCCCUCAAACCUCUUAUUUUAUUUAUUUAUAUAAAGAAAUAAAAUCAAGUUAAAAUGGCUGCCAUUUUUAAACCGAAAACUCCUGGUACGUUUCCGAUUCCUUGGGUCGUUGCUCCCGGCACCUGCAUCAUAGUGAGGGGCAUGGUCCCACCCUGCUCCAAGGGUUUCGAGUUCAACUUGCAAUGCGGUCCGAAGUUGUACCCUGGUGAGGACAUCGCCUUCCAUUUCCAUCCUCACCUCACGGAGAAGCAAUUAGCCCGCAACCACUAUGAAGGCUCCAAGUGGGGGACCCAGGAGAUCAGCAACAGCGUACCCUUCAAAGCAGGUGAUUGCUUCGAAGCCCGCAUAUGCUGCGCUUGUGAAACAUACAAGGUGGAGGUAAAUGGGAAGGUUGUCUGCGAAUUCAAGCACCGCAUUCCGGCUUGCAAGGUGACACACUUUGGCAUCGAAGGUGGCAUCAUUGUAGACAAGAUCGAAUUUGUUCGAGAAGAGAACCCCAACGUGCCAAUCCCUAAUGUGACCCCUAUUCCAAAGGGUAUGUGCCCUGACCGCAGGAUCAGAAUCAAGGGAAAGACCCCUCCUGGGUGUAAAAGGUUCUAUGUAGACCUCCAAUGUGGACCGAAAGUGAAUGCUAAUGAAGACAUAGCCUUCCGUUUUGAUGUUCGCUUGGACGAGAAGAAAGUGGUCCGCAACCACUGCGCUGAUUCGAAAUGGGGGAAGGAGGAGAGCGAUGGAGAGUCGCCGUUUAAAGUUGGGGAAUGUUUCGAAAUAUCCAUACAUUGUUACCAAGAUAUUUACCGGGUGAAGGUGAAUGGGAAUUGUUUCUGCGACUUUGCCCACCGUAUCACUUGUGACAAAGUGACCCACGUGGUUGUAGCCGGUGAAUGCACGGUGUUCCAGGUCGACUUCGAUCCUCCUGAACAGGAUCCAUUACACCCCGUGCCAAGCCUGGCGCAGUUCGAUCCGAUAAACCGAUCAGUAUACUGGAUCCGCUAUACUGUAUUAUGUGUGUACUGGCUCAUACAACUACAUACGCUAAUAACACACACGUUUAAACGGACCUGUAAAACGGACGUCAUAUGUGAACGCGCCCUAAGUGUGUUAGUUGAGUCCGCGCCGCGUCCCUGCUAACGAGGAGCCCAAGAUCCCUAUACAACACAGAAGAGAUGCUGGCAAUCUACUUUACACAUAAUAAUUACAAUAUUACAUUAUUACAUAACUCCCGCAGUCCCACUCUAUUCUACCAACAGCCUAUAAGUGGCCACUGCUGACCAAAGCCUCUCACACGGAGAAGGUUUGAGCAUUAAUCACCACGCUUGCUCAAUGCGGGUUGGCGAUUUCAAACUUAUAAUUUGAAAUUAUCUGUUUAUGUCAUUAAAAAUAUUUUAUGUUUCA